AUAACGUGGCCGCUACUACUUAAAAACGAAGAGAAACACCGAGCUGAUUUUUAUUUAACACAGACUUGGCAAACGGCGGAAUAGAAAAUGAUUGUGCUAAGAUUUCUAGCAAUACUGUUUUCGUUAGGAUGUUUGGCCUCAGGUUCUACCACCACGGCGCCGACGACAGAGCACCCAUGCGUGGAUGUGCAUAUAUGGAUAUGGGACGGCUCCCGUGACUGCAAGUACCUGACCGCCUUGUACCCUGAUGACUCCCUCUAUAGAAUCUACGAACAGCGGGUGUAUUUUUGUACGAGAGCCCUCACGCGCUGCUGCGCCUCGUGCAAGAUUGUCAAUGCAGAGGCUAACAGCACGACAACAGGUGCUACAACGACAACAGGUGCUACCACAAUAGCAGGCGUUACCACCACAUCAGUCGUAACCACGACAACGAGCGCUACCACGACAACAACACCUACAGGUGACUCGGAAGAAGACGACUAAAGAACUAGAAGAAGUGAUAUUUCCUUUAUAUUAUAAUUAUGAUAAUAAAAAAGCA